GCUGCCCCGUGAGGGAAUCCGAAGCCGUGCAGCUCGGCGAGCUGGGUUUCUGUGAGCCGCUUCGGCGCGGAGCUUAGUGGUUCCGACCGAUGCUUCACAGUCCCGAAGGCUCUGGACGUCCUGCAUGGAGGAGGACUUUGCUUCUUCAGGACUCCUUGGCCCAGAGUAUGCAUCGCCUCCACAGUAACAGGCUUCAGACAGAAGAGAUUGGGUCAAACUGGUUCGAACCCAUCAAGCCAACCUGACCCUGAAUUCUCUGAAAGUGGUUUUAACAGAAAAAAAAACAACUUUACAAUCUGUUCUUUAUGUCACUAUCAUCCUGUGAAUCUUCAUGUGACCAAAUGGCCACCAUGUUUUACUCCUUCUCCAAAGCGGGACCAUAAUCUGCUCAGCAUCAGCUUGUCUCAAAGGACCCCUUCACCCGGGUCGAAAUGCACCAGCUGUUUAGUCAGGUGCUGGGCCAGAGAGACCUGUCCAGAGCAGGAGAUUUGUUCUCUCUAGAGGACACGGACAUCGAAGACUGUCUGUCUCAAGCUCUGGACCAGAUCAAAGACAUCUCCUGCUCACCGGACUAUUUGACCAAUGACAACGAUCAGGCUGUGGUUGAGAUCUGCAUCACACGCAUCACCACAGCCAUCAGAGAGACCGGUUCCAUCGAGAAGCACAGCAGGGCACUGGUGGGCCUGUGGGAGUCAUGUCUGGAGCACAACCUGACCCCUCAAGGGGAAAACACAGAGGACACACCGCAUGCGAAGAUAGCCUCUGACAUCACCAGCUGUAUCCUACAGAACUACAGCUGUCCGUCGGUCAUGGUGCUGGCUGUCCCGGUGGCGGUGCGCUUCCUGCAGAGGGGGAACAGGGGGCUGAGCAGGAACAUGUCCAGUUAUCUCUCCCUGGCUGCCAUAGCCAAGGUGGAUCUGCUGGCUGAACAUGCAGAGGCCAUAACCCUCAGUGUGCUGGGAGGUAAUCACAUGCUGUUACGAGUGCUCCCCUCAGUCUAUCCCAAACAACCGGACACCAUCCACCAUCACCUCAGCAAGCUCACAGCAAAGAUGACACAACUGGAGUCAGCAGAGAAACCACACCUGAUCUGUCUCAUUCAGAUGAUUGCUGACCAACACCCACUCAUGCUGAGCCCCCAUGUUCCUGCACUGAUCAGUUAUGUGUGUGACCACUCGCUGACCGAGGCUCUGCUCGGUGCUCUGGUGGAUGUAGCCCAGGCCAGUCCUUCAUCGUUCGUCAGCUUUCUGCCCGCACUGAGGCUUGUGGGACAGCAGUCCACUGCUUACCUGGGUAAUGUGGCCAAAAUUCAUGGAGCUGUGGGCAUCAUUAGUGAGACUCAUGCUCACAGCUCACUGAUCUACCUGGUGUCUCUCCUGGGCAGCAUGGAGCACUGCUUCCAUCACACCCUGCUGCUGGAAAUCAAAGCUCUGACGGAUCGCUACCCAUCUUUACUGGGAGGCAGCGGCAAAGACAUCUACAGGAUGAGCAACUCCUUCGCUGCUAUAGCCAGGCUGCUGGCACGUCGACUGGAGGAAAACACUGCCGCUCAUUCCAGGUUGGAAACGUUGGGAGUGGACGAGGCAGGGCCGUCUCUUUCAGCUGGAAGCAGAGGAGGAGGUGGAGGGGCGACAGAGCAGCUGCUGCAGGUAAAAAUCCAGGGCUUUGAUGAGAAGAUGGGAGCAGAGGAGGAGGAAGAGGUCGGGGACGAAUCCCCAGCUCCUCAGCGACGCUACAGCCUGACCCAAGCCAUCAGGGAGGAGAGGAGGGAGAUGAGAUUCAACAGAUCAAAGAGCCUGGCUCUCCAUGCAGUGCGCUCAUGCUCCAUCGACUCAGACACGGCRGAGGAUGGCGAAGGGGCGGAGCAAACCACAGACAGCUGCUUCCCCAACACGUUGUCCUAUCAGCUCUCCGAAAACUGUGAAGUUUCACCGUCUGAGAGGAAGCCGACAGGUGACGGCUCCCUGCCCGUCGCAGCUCCGCCCAACGCUGACGCCAGAAAGGAGGCUGCGUGUGCUCCAACCGGAGGGAUGAACGGAAGGAAAGAGGAGGGGGAGGAAGAUGAUAAAGUCUUCGUCCAUUUUAAAGACAACAUGGAGACGAUCAGAGAGUUCUGUAGGGACAUGGUGCGGCAGAUCCCAGUCCCAGAGCACUGUGUGAUUGAAGAUUCACAUAGAGGGUGUGUGGCCAAGCUUUCCUUCUCCUGCCCUCUGAAGGGCUUCUACUGCCUGUAUGCCAAGUCCUGCUUCAACCUGACGAGCCAACAACCUCACCUUUGGAUUCACGUCAUGCUGCUGCAUUUACAGAGUAAGUCCAGUGUUCCUCUGUCCACCAGAGACAAGUGUGUCCAAAGACUGUCUUCACUUUGGGAGAAGACACAGCUGAAAGGAUCUCACAGCUUUUCCAUGGCCAUGACUCAGCACACCACCCCACAGAGGAAGGACCUGGACAUCCUUCAGAUGCAGCUGGAGGAGGUACGCUUCUUUGAUCUGUUUGGUUACAGUGAGGAGGAGGGCAGCUGGCUCUGCUUCAUGUGUAACAACCCUGAAAAGGCCACAGUUGUGAACCAGGAGGGACAACCGCUGAUCGAAGGAAAGCUGAAAGAGAAGCAGGUGCGAUGGAAGUUCAUUAAAAGAUGGAAAACGCGUUACUUCACCUUGGCAGGAAACCAGCUGCUGUUUCGCAGGGGAAAAUCUAAAGAUGAGCUGGAUGACAUCCCCAUCGAGCUGAGCAAGGUGCAGAGUGUCAAGGUCGUAGCUAAGAAGCGCAGAGAUCGGGGUCUGCCGCGGGCCUUUGAAAUCUUCACAGACAGCAAGACAUACGUGCUGAAAGCGGAAGAUGAGAAGCACGCCGAGGAGUGGCUGCAGUGCAUCAACGUGGCUGUGGCUCAGGCCAGAGAGAGGGAGAACAGGGAGGCCACCACCUACCUGUGAGACCCCCGACAACAUGGAGACGGAUGCAAAGGUGCAGCUUAUCAAACCCCAAGUUUCAAUCUAACACAGGGGGUUUCCUCCUAAACAAUUACACACAACAACCGGUUCUUUGGUUUUUAUAACUUUAUGAAUGUCACUUAAAAAAAGACUUUUUAUCAUGACUUUUUUUUUAUUUGUUUUGAGACUUGAAACUAGCAACUUCCUGUUACAGCUCAUCAUAGCCUGCUCAUUUCUUACCCUGGAGACCAUAAAUGAAUGAACACCUGGAUGUUGCACCUUUUGUUGCUCAGAUGUGAAAAACUGUCGAAACAACCAAUUUGGGGAUUUCUGAGUGAACUGCCGAGGACGACUGAGAYGUUUUUGAGUCAGCUUUGCAACAAAUAUUUAAUGGGAGCACGGAUCCCGUUUGGACUUGAAGUAAUAAUGAGACUGAAUUUUCUGGAAGCUGGAAAAAUGAAGAGGAGGCUAAUGAAGAGCAGAUGGGAAGAGUCUUUGUACAUGGAGGUUUGUUUGUAAUGAGGGUACAGCAUUAAAUAAAUGCUAUAAAAUGUCA